CGUUGGGCGGCGGCGCUGAGAUACUGACCGCUUGCGAUAUAAGGAUAGCGACCAAAAGUGCCAAAAUUGCAUUCUUACAGAUCUGUAUGGGAGUGACCACUGGCUGGAGUGGCGGCACACGACUCGUUCAUUUGUUGGGUCCCACAAAAGCGUUGGAUCUGUUGGCCUCCGGCCGUGUGGUCAGCGCUGAUGAAGCGCUCGCAAUCGGUUUUGUGAAUCACGUGUUCGACGACAUGACAACUACCGAUCAGUUCAUCCAAGAGAUCGUUCAAUGGCUCAAAGAAUAUAUUAAUUGUACCAGUCAUAGCGGCGGAUAUUCACACGAGGCUGUCGUAUAUGCGCUUAAAAAUGUUGGCUAUCGGCUCAUCGAUACCGCCAAACGCUACGGAACGGAAAAACUCAUCCAUCAGGCCAUUGAAGAGAGUUGUAUUCCAAGAGAAGAGCUCUUUUUGACGACCAAACUUUGGCCAACAGAUUAUGGUUUUGAGACAACAAAAGCUGCGAUUAGAGGAUCGCUCGACAGAUUGGGUGUCGAUUAUAUCGAUCUGUUUUUAAUCCAUUGGCCCGAAGUG